AGCCUUACUAACUUCGCGCAUAACCACCGGGCGGUUAGUUCGUGUCGAGCGUCCAGAGCCGGUGGCGCGCGCUUAUUUUCGCAGAGUCCUCUCGCCCUAGUGUCGCGGAUCGUUUGUGUGUGCCCUUUUUUUUCGUGUGCCAGCCAGCGUGCCCUUCUCGCCCUUCUCGCUCUGUCCCGCCCCAAGGAGUCUUCAACGUUGUGGUUUUGAUCUUGCGCCCCUUGGCGUGAAGAAAACGCUUAGUUCGCUUUCUGACCGAGUGGACCCACGGAUACCCGGACCUCCUGGCUACAUUGGGCCGUCCCCGCAAACCGAGUCAAUAUAAAGUGAACAUGUGGAAAAUACUACUGCUAGCCACGCUGGCGACCGUUUCGGUUGCCCAAGCGAACAGCAUCCGGCAGGAAUUUCCAGGACCGUAUUGUGCCGCGCGGAAGUACGAUUCCUGCUGUAGAGAACGUCAGGAUGGCUGCGCACAGCCUAUCUCUACAACGCUCUGCUACUGUGACGAAUUCUGCGAUCGCGGCGAGCAUGGUGACUGCUGCCCGGAUUAUAUGGAGGUGUGUCUGGGCGUCGUUACCGGUCCAGAAAACAUAACGUCAUGUGUGCAUAAGAACCACUAUUUCACACCAUACGACACACCGGUCGUAGACAACUGCAACACCUGCAAGUGUAACUAUGAUGGUUCGGUCACAUGCACGGAUGAUGUUUGCAUUGUGGAUGAUGCACUUCUCGCCCAGCUGCGCCAUUUAGAGCGAACGGUUGGCUGGACGUCAACGAACUACAGCGAAUGGUAUGGCCGCAAAUACGACGAAGGUAAGGUGCUGCGUCUCGGCACGUUGCAGCCGAACAAUCUUGUACGAGAAAUGAAACGCCUCAGCAAUAAGGGUGGUCAGCUGCCGAACCACUUUGACGCUAGUGAGCACUGGUUUGGACUUAUCACUGAAGCUCGCGAUCAGGGCUGGUGUGGUUCAUCCUGGGCGUUCUCGACGGCAACGAUGGCCUCGGACAGGUUUGCCAUCCUAUCGAAAGGACGCGAGAUGGUUCAACUGGCUCCACAGCAGAUGCUUGCCUGCGUGCGCCGUCAGCGAGGAUGCAAUGGUGGCCACCUGGAUACGGCCUGGCAGUACUUGCGUAAAGUAGGUGUCGUCAACGAAGAAUGCUACCCUUAUAUCGCGGCACAAAACGUCUGCAAAGUGCGUCCGGACGAUACUCUAGUAACUGCCAACUGUGAGCUGCCGGUGAAGGUGAACCGCACGAAAAUGUACAAAAUGGGUCCGGCGUACAGUCUAAACAAUGAAACUGACAUUAUGACGGAAAUCAAGGAUCGUGGAACAGUACAGGCUCUUAUGCGAGUUUACCGCGAUUUCUUCUCAUAUCGCAGUGGAAUUUAUCGUCAUUCAUCUGCAGCUACUCCCGCGGAGGAGCGAUCGGCUUAUCAUUCGGUACGAUUGAUUGGUUGGGGAGAGGAGCGAAAAGGAUAUCAAACUGUGAAGUAUUGGAUCGCUAUCAACUCUUGGGGCCAAUGGUGGGGAGAAAAUGGACGCUUCCGGAUUCUUCGGGGAGUUAAUGAGUGUGAAAUCGAAAGCUACGUUUUGGCCGGUAAUCCUUAUGUCCAUGAGCAUGUCCAGCCCGUACGCAAAGUAGGCGAAUUGCAGGAAUUGAUCGUUGGUACAGGAUAUGUUCCACAUCCAGGCCGUCGGUAUCCGCAAUAUAGACGGGCCUAAUUGUACUAAAUCCGUCUGUAACAGCAGUUCCGGUAGAUUACGUAAAGUGAACGUUUAUGUUUGUUUUAUCAUGCUCUCGAUAUUAAUGCUUAGCGCAAGUAUCUACAUUUCCCAUAAUCAGCUGUGAAAAUGUGCACAGUAUUAAGGGCAACAAUGGUGUGGAAGACGUGGUUGCAGGGAUGAUGUCAUGCAUAAUUGGAAAAAAAAAGUUGAAGACUACACCAUUCUCUGUUUAUUAUGUUACAGAAGAUGCGGUAGACAAGGAAAAUUGAAAAUUUUCUAACUGAGUAAAAAUGAAAUCAGUCCAUUAGAUAAAAAGAGCCAAAGUGCUGCUUAUUAGAGAUAGGCAAGCAAUACGGAACUGUAUCAUCGGCUGCAAACAUCUGCAACUGCACAGCUCAGACUAUAAUUUUAACCAAAACUGCUUUCGAUGGUGUUCUUCAUGUAACAAAAUGCGUAACGUUCAACGGAAUCUUUAUUUUUUACCAGCAUAAUGAGAUAGAUGUACGAAUUUUUUUUUGAUGUUUCGUAGUAUUGUAAAUGUAGGAAAACAAUAUUCGUAAAUCGGAGAGAGACAGAAAGUAACAUGGUAUUGAUAUUGGUUCAAAAAUGCUGGAAGAUAUAUGAUAGAAUAAGAAAUACAUUUGAUAACAUGACUGUACAAAUUUUCUUUCGAACAAAUAAUUAAACAGAAACUAACCGCCUUAUCAAUUGAGCGAGUAUUGUUUGUUAAAUUUUAGAUUGGCUGGACUUUAAGGAAUAUCACUGAAGAUUUUCUCAUAAACAACCAAAUUUUAAUCAAGAUUCUAAUAUUUUGCUUCUGACAAUUGUUCU